UGUCGGCAGAUUGAAGAGCAGUGGCGGGAGCUGUCGUCAGGCUCGUGUAGGGAAACACCGACUUUCAUAGGCAUGGAUUUUAAACGACGUAAUGGAGGCCCUCUGGGGGGUUCCUCCCAAGGGAAGCGGGGUAAAAAAGCUGGUGAUUGGGAGGACAGUCCAUCACAGUUUGAAGAAGAAUUGUUAAUGUUUGAUGAAGCAGAGAUGGAUGGAGAGGAGAUGGAGGGGCAGGCAGGGCAUGACGUCAUUCCUGUGGGUGAUCUUUUUUCAGCAGACCUUAAUCCUCGAUGGCGGCGGCCUCAUGCCCCCCCACUGAACACAUCGUCUGAUACACUUGUGUUCCAGCAGAUUGAUCUUGACCAUUAUUUGGGUGCAUCAGUUGCUGGCAUGCCCGGCCAGUCACAAGCAAAAGUGCCAAUCAUUCGGAUGUUUGGGGUAACUGACAAUGGCAACAGCGUGUGCUGCCACGUGCAUGGCUUUGCACCUUACUUCUAUGUUCCUGCACCAAAUGGGUUUACAUCAGCGCACCUGGGUGAAUUCAAAAGAGAGUUGAACUCUGUCGUUCUGAAGGACAUGCGCUCCAAUAAGGACAACAUCUCCAUCACAGUGUUGGCUGUCGACAUCACCCGCAAAGAGAGCAUGUAUGGUUACCAUGGUCAACGCAGUCUGGAUUUCUUAAGGAUCACCAUGGCGAUGCCUCGUCUUAUCGCGCCUGCAAAGAGACUGCUGGAACAGGGCUUUAAAUUUGGACAUUUCUCAUUUCAAACCUACUCAACCUAUGAAGCUAACAUUGAUUUUGAAAUUAGGUUUAUGGUAGACAGUGAUGUGGUGGGCUGCUGUUGGAUUGAACUUCCCAAGAGCAAGUACAGAGUACGAGAAGAGAAGAGCACGGGGGAAAUGGAUUCCCAGUCCCCGGGCAAGGUGACUUUGUGUCAAUACGAAGUGGAUAUUGGAUGGACGGAUUUGAUAAGUCACCCUGCAGAAGGGGACUGGCAGAGGAUAGCACCACUCAGGGUCCUCAGCUUUGACAUAGAGUGUGCAGGAAGAAAAGGAAUCUUCCCAGAAGCAGACAAAGACCCUGUGAUUCAGAUCGCGUCUAUGGUUCAGCGGCAGGGCGACACGGAGCCGUUCAUCCGCACCGUCUUCACUCUUCAGUCCUGCUCCAGCAUCGUUGGCUCUCAGAUAUUGUGCUUUACGCAGGAGAAACAGCUUCUCCAGAGCUGGGCUGAGUUUUUGAGGACGGUGGACCCAGACAUCAUCACUGGAUACAACAUCCAGAACUUCGACUUUCCCUAUUUGCUCAACAGGGCAGCUACUUUGAAGGUGAAUUUAUUUCCAUACUUGGGUCGAGUGCGAUAUAUGAAAUCAGUUUUGAGAGAUUCAAAUUUCCAAAGUAAGCAGAUGGGCCGGCGAGAGAACAAGACCAUCAACAUGGAGGGCCGAGUUCAGUUUGAUCUGCUCCAGGUGCUUCUAAGGGAUUACAAAUUGCGCUCCUACACACUGAAUGCUGUGAGUUUUCAUUUUCUACAAGAACAGAAGGAGGAUGUGCAGCACUCCAUCAUCACUGACCUGCAGAAUGGAAAUGAACAGACUCGCCGGCGUUUGGCGGUGUACUGUCUGAAAGAUGCGUAUCUCCCCCUGCGCUUGCUGCAGAAGCUCAUGUGUGUGAUUAACUACAUGGAGAUGGCCAGGGUGACGGGCGUUCCUCUCACGUACCUGCUCUCCAGAGGACAGCAGAUCAAAGUCGUCUCUCAGCUGUUACGACAGGCCAUGAAGCAGGACUUGGUCAUGCCUGUUGUAAAGGUAGAAGGAGGAGAGGACUACACUGGAGCAACUGUCAUCGAACCAGAGAAGGGAUAUUACAGUGUUCCUAUUACCACCCUGGACUUCUCCUCCCUGUAUCCAUCAAUUAUGAUGGCUCACAAUCUGUGCUACACCACCCUGCUGCAGAAGGGCUCUGCGGAGAAAUUGGGCCUGUCACCAGAGGACUUCAUUAAGACUCCAACAGGUGAUCAGUUUGUGAAGAGCUCUGUGAGGAAAGGACUUCUUCCAGAAAUCCUGGAGAACCUGCUGUCUGCCCGAAAGAGGGCCAAAACGGAGCUUAAGAAAGAAACGGACCCUUUCAAGAAGCAAGUGCUGGACGGUCGACAGCUGGCUCUUAAAAUCAGUGCAAACUCUGUGUACGGCUUCACGGGGGCCCAGGUCGGCAAACUGCCCUGCUUAGAGAUCUCCCAGAGUGUCACUGGUUUUGGAAGACAGAUGAUUGAGCAAACUAAACAGCUGGUGGAGUCCAAGUACACCCUUUCUAACGGUUGUCAAGCUGAUGCUAAGGUCAUUUAUGGCGACACGGACUCUGUCAUGGUCAAGCUUGGAGUUGCAACUGUAGGAGAAGCCAUGGAAAUCGGGAGGGAAGCAGCUGCGUGGGUUUCCUCUCAUUUUACACCACCCAUCAAGCUGGAGUUUGAGAAGGUGUACUACCCUUACCUGCUGAUCAAUAAGAAGCGCUAUGCAGGCCUGUAUUUCUCCUCUAGCGCAGACAACUAUGAAAAGAUGGACUGUAAAGGCAUUGAGACUGUCCGCAGAGAUAAUUCCCCUCUGGUGUCUAACCUCAUCAACACCUGUCUGCAGAAAAUCCUCAUCGACAGAGACCCUCAAGGUGCUGUGGAACAUGCUAAAGAAGUGAUCUCCGACCUGCUGUGCAAUCGUAUCGACAUCAGCCAGCUGGUCAUCACGAAGGAGCUGACGCGUACGGCCCAGGAGUACGCCGCCAAGCAGGCACACGUGGAGCUGGCUGAAAGGAUGAGGAAAAGGGAUGCAGGCAGUGCCCCAAACCUGGGAGACAGAGUUCCUUACGUCAUCAUCAAGGCUACAAAGGGAGCUGCUGCGUACAUGAAGUCAGAAGACCCCAUCUAUGUGUUGGAGAACAAUAUCCCCAUUGAUACACAGUACUACCUGGAGCAGCAGCUGUCCAAACCUCUGUUGAGAAUAUUUGAGCCCAUUCUGGGGGAGAGCAAGGCCGAGAGCGUCUUGCUAAAGGGCGACCACACUCGUUGUAAGACUGUCUUGACCUCAAAGGUCGGGGGCCUGAUGGCUUUUGCUCAGAAGAGAAGCACCUGCAUCGGCUGCAAGGCCGUGCUCAAGAAUGAUGCGGCUGUGUGUGACUUUUGUAAGAAGCGGGAGUCUGAACUGUAUCAAAAAGAGAUCUUCCACCUGAACUCAUUAGAGGAGCGUUUCUCUCGUCUGUGGACGCAGUGUCAGCGCUGCCAGGGCUCCCUCCACGAGGACGUGCUCUGCACCAGCCGGGAUUGUCCCAUCUUUUACAUGAGGAAGAAGGUUCAGAAAGAUCUGGAUGACCAGGGCAAGCUAGUCUCUCGUUUUGGGUGGUGAGAAAGAUGCGCUGCUGGGCCUCAUUUCCUCGUAAAUUGGACUCCCAUCCUCCCAGUCUUUUGUAUGUUUGUAAAAAUGCAUAUAUGUACCCUUUUCUAUGUUUUCUAUUAUCAGUAAAACUACAUGUAGUGUCUUUUUGUAAAAUAAAGUUAUAUGGUUUAUUCCUU